AAACAAUCGUGUAUAAACAUAAUUUUGAACUAUAAACUUUUAAAAAAUCAUAUCCAAUAAAAUUUCAUUUUUUAUUGGGGGAGUAUGAGAUUUCACUUAAAAGAAAAAAAAAAGAAAAAAUCAGUGGCGGGUAAGGAGUGAGGAUCCGCGUGAUUAGCUCAACUAACUUUUUGAAAUUUGAAAAAACAGAGGCACCGGAUGGCUUUGACGGUUUCUCUUACCUUAUCUUAAAACUCCCAAUCAUUAAAAUCAGAGAGUGCGGCACGCAAACCGAUGGUGAUUUUCAUCACAGAAUUUUUUAUUUUUAUUUUUAUUUUUAAAAAAGGAAAAUAUUUGAUUUGAUCAAUUCACAGAUCCGAUAUUUCUUCAUAGUUGAUCUGAAUAAUUUUCAGCAUAAGUUUUAUGAUCUUUACCAAUUCCCGAUGUAUUGGAAUAUAGUUGCAAAUGUUGAUCACUUUGUGAAAAUUUGAUCCAUAGUUCUGUUGAAAGGCUCGAUAAUCCAGACGCGAUUCACCGGAGAAAAUUUUUAGAUUUGGAAUAGUGAUUAGAAAUAAUGAGCGGAGAAGCACAGACGAAGCUUGACGAUGAUCAAAUAGCGGAGCUACGUGAGAUAUUCCGGUCAUUUGAUCGGAACAACGACGGAAGUUUAACGCAGCUUGAACUGGGAUCAUUGCUCCGAUCAUUAGGAUUAAAACCGAGUGACGAUCAAUUGGAGGAUUUGAUUCAGAAAGCAGAUAGGAAUAGCAAUGGAUUGAUAGAGUUUUCGGAGUUUGUUGAGUUAGUGGCACCGGAGCUUAUACAGGCGAAAUGUCCGUAUUCGGAGGAACAGUUGAAGAAGAUUUUUCAGAUGUUUGAUAGGGAUGGCAAUGGAUUGAUUACGGCGGCGGAGUUGGCGCAUUCGAUGGCUAAAUUAGGUCAUGCACUUACCCAAGAGGAGUUAACAGGGAUGAUUAAGGAAGCUGAUAGGGAUGGUGAUGGUUGUAUUAGCUUUGAGGAGUUUGCUCAGGCGAUGACUUCUGCUGCGUUUGAUAAUUCGUGGGCAUGAACUUACGCGUUUUUCUUUCUGGUGAAAGAAAGCAGACUGGGCUCGGACAAGAACCCAUUUUAAUCAGCGAAGCUGCCUUUGUGGAAAUAGAUGGGGAUGUUUCAAAUGAGUUCAUAGUUCAACUUGAUUUUUCCAAUUUUGCCACUCUUCGUUUUGUUUUUGUUUAUUGUUUUAUCUUUUGGGAGGCAAGUUUUUGUAGCAUAAUCCAUUAUUACAGAAUGAAAAGCUUUUGGAAGGAUGAAA